UUUUCUUAUAUCGCCCGUUUGUUGGCGGCAACUUAGCGUCUCGUGUGUGAAAGCACAUGUUUGUGCUGGUUGGAAAUGUGACGCACGUUCACCGCCGAAUCUGCCGAAUUACGUCGCCGAACGAACCGAAUCACUCACGGACCUUUCGCUGGAAUGUCCCUGAGCCCCUGAAAACAUGAAUAAGUUCCAGCGGAUCGAGAAAAUCGGUGAGGGCACCUACGGCAUCGUCUACAAGGCCCGCAAUGUCGAGACGAACGAGUACGUCGCCCUCAAAAAGAUCACACUCAAGCCAACGGGCGAAGGCGUUCCCAGUACAACAAUCAGGGAGAUCGCUUUGCUAAAAGGACUGAAGCACGACAACAUCGUCUCUCUGAUGGACAUUGUCCACGUCCCACCCACGAAGAAGCUUUACAUGGUGUUUGAGUUUUUAGACAUGGAUAUGAAGAAGUUUCUUGAUUGUGUCGGGAUGGCUGUGCCCACAAAUGUUGUUCGAAGUUUUGUGCGCCAAAUGACUGAGGGCAUCAGAUACUGCCACAUCAAUCGAAUCCUCCACAGAGAUUUGAAACCGCAGAACAUUUUGAUUGACAUGAAGAAUGGAAAAGUAAAGCUUGCUGACUUUGGUUUGGCCAGAGCGUUUGUGGUGCCGUUCAAGAACUACACCCAUGAAGUCGUCACCCUUUGGUAUCGAGCGCCAGAAAUCUUGCUGGGCGCUACUUACUACACAUGCAGCGUGGACAUUUGGAGCAUUGGCUGCAUUUUCGCUGAGCUGCUGCAGAGAAAAGCCUUCUUUGCUGGUGACUCUGAAAUUGACCAGCUCUUCCGCAUCUUUCGAACUCUUGGCACUCCUGAUGAGUCAACCUGGCCUGGAGUGACUAAACUGGGAUCAUUCAAACCGCAAUUCCCCAAGUGGAAAAUGAACAAUCUCCACAAAAUGCUGCCAGAGCUACCCGAAGAUGCUCUCGAUCUCUUCCUGGGCAUGCUGACCUAUGAUCCUGAUCAAAGAAUAACUGCUAUGGAGGCACUGAAACACCCGUGGUUGCUCAAAGCGGAAAUUGUUUCCCCUCCUCCUAUCAAUGAGCAAAAGCAACGCUGAAAAACAAAAUGGCACAAAAUUAAAUGUGAUACUAGAUGCAGUGCCUUUUUAAACAAUUAAAUUCUCUUGCAACUAUCAUAUCAAUCCAUUUAAAAAUAAUGUCAGCUAACAGCUGAACUUUAAUUAUAAGGAUGUCUUCAACUAACUGGUUUUAGUCGAGAUACACUGCCAAAUCUGCAUAAUUGUUUUUUCUAAGUAGCACAUGAUGUUAAAAUGGAACAAUGUUGCAACCAUGUACAAAUUAUCUCCGCAUUCCAGUAAGUAUGUCAGUCAAAUGAGGGGAACAGGGGAAACAUGAUUGAAAACAUAGGUUUUUGUUAAUAUUGCCUACACUGUGCAUUGUUGGUUGACCAUGAGAGGGAGAGAGAGAGCUUCACAUCAUUCAUUACUCAUAUUUAAUCCUGAAAUAAAUUUUUGUGAUAAUCAGAGGGACUUAAUUAUAGUUGUUCAAUUUUCAAUAAAAGUUUAUUUCAAGUAAUAA